AUGUCGAAACCGGUUGGAUCAGCGCUGGACCAGGUUUGGGCGCAUUUAGGCACUUUCGGCAAAUACACUGUUAUCAACUAUGCGUUUCUUUUGGUUCCCUGUUAUUUAUAUGGGAUGUAUGGAUCUGUAUAUAAUUUUGAAGCUAUGGAUAUUAAUUAUAGGUGCGAAAUACCGGAAUGCGAAGCCCUAAAUGACACGAUCUGGCUGCAAUAUGCAAUACCCAAGGAAAACAACAAAUUCCUCAAGUGCAAGAGAUACCAGACUCUUAAUCAAACAGACGGUUUUUGUGGUCCUAAUGGCUUUAGUUCAGAUAUCGUGGGCUGCGACUCAUUUGUUUACAGUUCAGAGGACUCUGUUGUGAAGGAUUUCAACCUCGGCUGCCAGAACUGGAAAAGAACUCUAAUAGGUACGAUGUAUGGAGCCGGUUUCUUCGUAUCUUUAACCGUGACUGGAAUCCUAUCAGAUAAAUUUGGAAGAAUUAAAGCGGUCUCCAUAGCUUGCUUUUUUUGUGGAGUCUUUGGAGUCAUACGGUCUUUCUCUGUCAAUUACGUUAUGAUGAUAGCUACUGAGUUCUUGGAGACAGCAUUGGGUGCUGGCGCGUAUAACGCUGCUUUUGUUUUGGGAAUGGAAAUCGUUCAACCAAAAGGACGAGUCUUCGGCAACACCUUAAUAAACUUUGCCUACAACAGCGGAACAAUGACACUCUCCCUCUUAGCUUGGUAUCUUCAGAACUGGAGGUAUCUCCUCAGAACUAUUUACACACCUUCGAUCUUUAUCAUAUCCUACAUAUUCGUGCUUAACGAGAACCCACGAUGGUUGCUCUCGAAGGGGAAAUAUGAAGAAGCAAUAAACGUAAUUAAGAAAGCAGAGCGAAUGAAUAGAGUCAAACUAAGAGAAGACUUGGUUAACUCUUUGAAGAUCGAGACAAAAUCAGAAGUAGAGGAAGAGAGUUUUAUUUCCGUUCUAGGAAAGAUUAUAAGGUCAAAGACGAUCGCUUUCAGAGUGUUUCUUUGCUGUUAUCUGUGGGUUACCUGCUCGUUCACUUACUACGGUCUAUCUAUCAAUUCUGUGUUCUUGGCCGGUAACAAAUACGUCAAUUUCUUAUUAGUAUCUUUCGUGGAGAUGCCAGCUAAUUGUAUCUGCUUGAUGAUACUGGAUAAGUUCGGGAGGAAGAAGGUUUUAGUGUCAGUUUAUAUGCUAAGCUCGUUAUUCUGUAUGAGCUUAUCGUUCAUCCCUGAGGUUCUACCAAUAUGGCGUCUGGUCCUCUAUUUAGGCGGGAAAUUCUCGAUAACAAUAGCAUAUAGUACUGUAUAUGUGACCGUAUCGGAAGUGUUUCCAACUAACGCGAGACAAUCGCUUCUCGCUAUUUGUGCUACAACUGGACGGAUAGGAUCCACUUUGGCACCACAGACUCCGUUACUUGCACUAUACUACACAAAUUUACCAACAAUUUUCUUCGGCGCUGUCGCGCUAUUGGCAAGCCUGCUGUCUCUAAUGUUGCCAGAAACAUUAAACAAAACACUACCUGACAAUUUGGAGGAGGCCAAAAGUAUUUCGCAUAACAAAAAACAAAGUAAUGAUUGA